AUGGCCGCAGCAUUUGCCGGGAGUGCAGCGCGGGAAGUCGAGAAUCUGCGCCCACCCGAGGAAGUGCAUUUCACUCAGGAUGGCACUCGAAGCAGAGAAGACGGUCGACCGCGCCAUGCACAAUCCCAAACCUCCCUCCGAUCCCAAUCGCAGAUCGCUUCCGUUCCUUCGAAUACAGGCCAGGCUCCAGAUGUCGCUGAAGAACUGGCAUGGGGCCCCGCGCACCCCUGUUACCCUCACCUCAAUUCACACGUCCCUAUCAAUUCGCCAGAAUACCUCACCACGCGAGUCAUUCGCGUUCGACGCGAUUGGAUGAUCAAGGCAGAUUUGGCACCCACAUUCUCUAACCUCUACCCCGAGAUUUUGGACCCUCUACUGCCGGAGCAGGAAUUCCGCAACGUCAUCGCUACCGUGAACAAUGGCCUGGUCAAGGCAUUUGACCCGUUCAGCUUACGCAAUUGGAUUGAUGGUGCGCUUGGCUUGUUGACUGGCUGGGUCUGGGAUGACAUCGGCGCACCUGGUGUUAAAGGGUCGUUGCAAUACGUCGAGGACUGGCUUGAGAAAUGGAACCGUGAAGUCGGUUCUAAGGACGGUGUUCACAUUUGGAGUCUCCGCCGCACAGCAUACAUGUCCCUUGACAUCCAGAUUCCUGAUCCCAAGGUCGGCAUCGUCCCCAGUGAGGCACCAUCUUUGCCAAAUACCAGGCCGAGUACGGGUGUUGGUCCGGCCAAUUGA